GCAGCCUUUUUACAUGUCAUAUCGAUAUAAUCCCUUAACAUGCAACGUCAAUAUAACCUAUAACUCUGACAACUAUCAGGUACAGCCGGUCUAGUAUAGUGGUCAGUACACCUCUUUGUGGCAGAGGAAACCCAAGUUCGAUUCCUGGGACCGGCAGUUUUUAUGGCAUCUUAUUGAAGAUGCGAAAAACAGGCACUAUAAGAGGCUAUGCAAUCAAUCACAGAAAAGUACCUUUAAUCAUUUGCCAAAACUCACCUGUAAUGCCUCUGAGUGGGAUUCGUGACACGGUACAUACCGAGGAUUCAGCCUUUAACGCAUAUUUCUCUUUCCCUAAUUACGUCUGGACACUAACACAAGACGUCUACAACAUUGUACCUUGGGGUCGUUCAAUAUUUCUAACGGAUCCCAGCAACAAGCUUUGCUCAACCCCAUGCGUUAUGUAAACAGCAGGGGUUUAUACGAGUGAUACCCAUUUUUAAACAUAAAUAUACAGCCCAUACAUAUCAAAAAGAAAA